AUGAGAUCCUCGCGUGAGGUGAAGAAGCAUCAGAAUCGUCCGGGUUCUCCUUCUGAGAAGAAGAGUAAGAAGCUUGCUGCAAUAUGUGAGGAGGUAUACAACAAAAACCAUGGAGAGUCGAAAGAUGGAGAUGGUGAGUCUGAAGUUAGGCGGAGCUCUAGGGUCAGGCGGAUACCGUCCUUCCUGGACGCUUCUCCUCCGCCUCCAAAGAAAAGGCGGCGUUUAAAUAGCCACGGGGGUAAGAGGUCCCAAGGGAGUAGUAGUCGAGAGAGAGUGGUGAAGGAGGAGAAUGGUGAUUUGGAGGAUGGAUGGAAAUCCAGAUUGAGGGCAAGGAGGAGGAACGUUGGUUUUCAAGGGAGUGGGAGAGAGAGAGGUGUGGCAAAGGGGAAAAGAAAGCUCGUUUUCCAGAAAGAAAAAUCAGUUGCAAGAGAAAGGGGAGAGGAAAGAGGAGCUUCCAAUGGUGGGAAGCUGAACAAAACAAAAAGGCCAGUGGAAGUUAAUGAUUCUGAAAGUUCAGAAGAUGGGGAAAAAGAGUCAGAUGAUAGUAAUGCUGAAGAUGAGAGUGCUAGCGAGUCAGAGGAAUCAAUGCAGGCUGAUAGUGAAGCUGAAGAGGGGGAUGAGAAGAAGAAGAAGAAGAAGACUACUAAAAGGUCCGUUGUUUUAGAGAGUGAAAAUGAAGCUGAAGUUGAUGGGACGGAGACCGAGAGUGAGGAUGGAGCAGACGGUACUGAGAAUGAGACUGAGGAUAGUGAUGAAGAGGGGGAAAGUGAGACACAGGGUAGUGCAGAGAAGACAGGAAGUGAGAUUGAAGCUGAUGCGGAUGGAACAAUAGCAGAUACUAAAGUUGGAAUUGAAGGCGUGGAAAAUGAGAAUGGGGAUCAAAUGGAAGGAUUGGAAAAUGAGAUUGAGAUGGAAGUUGAAGGAACUGAGAGUAAGGAGGUGGGUGUAAUGGUUUCUGAAAGUGGAAAUUGCUUUGGUAUACUAGGGGAUGAUAGUGGUUUUGCUGAUAAAGUUGAGAAAGAUAAAGGAGAUUCUUUACAUCCUGAAGCACUAGGGGAAGCUUGCAUCGAGGUUAAUGAGAGUUUGAAGCAGAAUGAUGACAUUGGAGAACAAGGUGUUUCUAGAACACCAUCUACCGAUAAGACCAAAGAGCAUAGUGAGUCUCUUGAUAGAGAGGGUGAAACUGUGGAAAUGCUUGACGAGUUGCCCAUUCAGAAUGAAAUUUGCAACGAGGUAGUUGACUCAAUUUGCACUUCAUCAGAUAAGCUUGGUAAGCCUCUCUUGAAACAAGCUAGACGCUGUGGUUUAUGUGGAGUUGGCACUGAUGGCAAACCCCCGAAGAAGUUGAUGCAAGAUAAUGCUGACAGUGACAUAGAGGCACAUAGCGGGUCUUCAUCUUCAGAAGAGCCAAACUAUGACAUAUUGGAUGGUUUUGGCGAUGAUCCUGGAUGGCUUGGCCGUCUAUUGGGCCCUGUAAAUGAUCGUUAUGGAAUUUCUGGUACUUGGGUUCAUCAGCACUGUGCCGUAUGGAGUCCCGAGGUUUACUUUGCUGGAGUAGGACGCUUAAAGAACAUAAGGGCGGCACUUUAUAGAGGGAAGUCAUUAAAAUGCACUCGCUGUGCAAGACCUGGAGCAACCAUCGGUUGUCGGGUUGAUCGAUGUCCAAGAACCUAUCAUCUGCCUUGUGCACGAGCUAAUGGUUGCAUCUUUGAUCACCGUAAGUUUCUCAUUGCUUGCACAGACCAUAGGCAUCAUUUCCAACCCCAUGGUCGUCAGUGUCAAGCCAGAAUGAAGAAGAUGCAAGCCAAGAGGAUGCGAUUGGAGAUGAAGAAACACUCAAAUGAUGCCUGGCGUAAGGAUGUGGAAGCGGAAGAAAAGUGGUUAGAGAAAUGUGGUGAAGAUGAAGAGUUUUUAAAACGUGAAAGCAAGAGACUACAUCGAGAUCUGUUAAGAGUUGCUCCUGAGUAUAUCGGAGGCUCUGAUUCUGAGAAUGGAAAGGCAUUUGAGGGAUGGGACUCUGUUGCUGGGCUUGAGGGUGUAACUCAAUGUAUGAAGGAGGUUGUUCUUUUACCCUUGCUAUAUCCAGAAUUCUUUGACAACCUUGGACUUACACCUCCACGAGGUAUCCUCUUGCAUGGACAUCCUGGAACUGGAAAAACUCUUGUGGUUCGAGCGCUGAUUGGUUCCCUUGCUCGUGGUAAUAGACGGAUUGCCUACUUUGCCCGCAAAGGGGCAGACUGUCUGGGAAAAUACGUUGGUGAUGCGGAGCGCCAGUUGAGGCUCUUAUUUCAGGUCGCUGAAAAAUGUCAACCAUCCAUCAUAUUUUUUGAUGAAAUAGAUGGUCUCGCUCCCAAGCGGUCAAGGCAGCAAGAUCAAACACAUAGCUCCGUCGUAUCCACAUUGCUCGCUUUAUUAGAUGGCUUAAAGUCGCGUGGCUCAGUGGUGGUCAUAGGUGCAACAAACUAUCCUGAUGCUAUCGACCCAGCAUUAAGAAGGCCUGGGAGGUUUGAUAGGGAGAUCUAUUUUCCACUGCCAGCAGUCGACGAUAGGGCUGCAAUCAUCUCACUCCAUACUAGGAAGUGGCCCAAGCCGGUGUCUGGAUACUUACUCAAGUGGAUUGCUAAAGAAACUGCCGGAUUUGCUGGGGCGGAUAUACAAGCUCUCUGCACACAAGCUGCCAUGAUUGCCUUAAAUAGGAGUUUUCCUUUGCAAGAAUCUUUGGCCGCUGCAGAGUUGGGAAUAUCUAGUAGUAAUCAUGCUGCUCUUCCAUCCUUCUCAGUUGAAGAAAGAGAUUGGUUGGAAGCUUUAUCCCGCUCCCCACCUCCAUGUUCACGUAGAGGAGCAGGAGUAGCAGCUAGCGAUAUAUAUUCUUCUCCUCUUCCUGUUUACUUGGUGCCUUCUUUAUUGCUGCCGUUGUGUUCUCUACUGGUUGCUUUUCAUCUUGAAGAACGCAUCCUGCUACCACCUCUUCUUUCCAAAGCUGCAGUUGAUGUCAAAAAUGUGAUCCGUUCUGCUUUGAGUGACAAGAAGAUAACUGAGGGUUGUUGGUGGUCUCAUGUUGAGAGCCUUCUCCAGGAGGUAGAUGUUGUAAAAGAUAUAGCUCAAAGACUGUCUUAUGCUGGGUUACUGGAAGGAGGAUGUGACUUGGUUAGAUCUGUUGCAAGCACCCCUGGUGCUGGCGACUGUAGUUUGGGUCCUGCACAAUUCAUAGGACACAGAGUCGGCCGACAUCCUGGACUUUUGGGAAAUGCUUCUGUAGAAUCAAUGAGCAAGUCAGGGUUCCAACUGCUUAUUGCUGGAGGACCUAAAUCUGGUCAACGACAUCUUGCGUCUUGUAUCUUGCAAUGUUUUAUUGGAAAUGCAGAGAUGCAGAAGAUAGACACAGCAACAAUUUCACAAGAAGGAAAUGGGGAUCUGGUGCUAGGCGUAACUCACUUGUUAAUUAAAUGUGCUAGCAGGAAAUCAUGUGUGGUAUUCAUGCCAAGGAUUGACUUGUGGGCUGUGGAGGCAGAAACUCCUUCUAAUGAGGAGGUCGAGUGUGAUGAUGAUUCUGUUAAAGAAAAUUCUUCUCCCGUUUGUCUAGAAACGGUAGAGAAAAUGGAGGUGCAGAAUUCUGCUCGAGUUUCACGUGCUUGGAACACAUUUUUGGAGCAAGUAGAAUCAUUGCGAGUUUCCACAAAGAUGAUGAUUCUGGCUACUUCAAGCAGGCCCUACAAACUCCUGCCUCUUAAGAUACAACAGUUCUUUAAGACCGACCUAUCAAAGGAGUAUCAGCCAACUAUGUCUGAGGCUGUUCCACAAUUCACUGUACAAGUUGUUGAAAAUUCCGACCAGGAUAUGGCCAUUGACCUGUCUGCUACUGAGUUGUCAAGGCGGGCAAUCCAAGUGUUUCUUCAUUUGGUGCAUCAGGAAACCCAUACUCAGUAUGAGUUACAGAAGAAAUACAAAAGAGAGGAUCCUGACCAGGGUUGCAGAGAUGCAACGUAUCCAAAUAAUGCUGAUCAUGGUGCAGAGGAAGAGGCAGCUGUUAAAUCAAAACCACUUAAUGAUGGUUCCUUAAAAGUGCCAACAUUACCUAUCAGCGUAAAUGUGAAAACAAAAUCAAGCCUUCAGUUAGCUGUAUCCUCAUUUGGUUAUCAAGUUCUACGGUAUCCUCAAUUUGCUGAGCUUUGUUGGGUGACAUCAAAGCUUAAGGAAGGGCCAAGUGCAGAUGUUUCUGGUCCUUGGAAAGGAUGGCCGUUUAAUUCGUGUAUCAUUCGUCCACUUAAUUCAUCAGAGCAAACUAUUACUGCUUCCGGUUCCAACAAUGUGAAAGGCAAAGACUUAUCUGGCAUUGUCAGAGGCCUCGUUGCUGUUGGAUUAUCAGCGUAUAGAGAAACCUAUGUAUCACUGAGGGAAGUCUCCUUUGAGGUACGGAAAGUUCUUGAGCUCUUAGUUGGGCGGAUCAAUGUAAAAAUCGAGGCUGGAAAGGACAGAUGUCGAUAUAUCAGAAUUCUGUCUCAAGUUGCUUAUCUGGAAGAUCUGGUCAAUAGUUGGGUAUAUGCAAUGCGAAGUUUCGAAUCUAAUGCUCAAACAGAAGGUACGAUUCCAUUGAACAAGGAGCCAACUGAGCAAGGAACAUCUGAUCAAUCAAAAGAGCCAGAGGAAGACCCAAAAGAAGAAACCCAAAAUAUGCAUUGUCCAGUAGCAUCUAGUGUUCUUACAGACAAUCAUCAGCCACUGGUAGAGAUUACAAAUGCACAUACCGGAACAAGCCCUGAACCUUUUGAAGAUAGCGGACCUCCUACGACCCACAGUACGGAUGGGUUAACUUUGGUCAAAGAGAAUGGCGAUGUCACUUCGAAGACUGAAAUGAUGAUUGAGGAUUCAGGAGUAAGUUCCUUUCCUCAGGCUGGUCUUCUUGAUCUUAACUCUGCUGCAGCUGGCGAUGGACAAGAUGAAACUCACCAUGGAUCGUGCGAUGUAGAAACUAGAGGAGUGGCCACUGCUAUGCAAGGAAAAUCUGAUUCCCAAAACAGUAUCACCCUGAAAGAUCCCCACAAAUCAGCCGACUCAUAUACUGGUGAAGCGCCGGUCGGAGUUAAUGGCUCAGAAUCUGCGAACAACGUAGCCGAACCAGUUAAACCUUCAAGCACUAGUCCUAUCGACGAACCUAGUUUGGUGUGUUUGUACCGCUGCUGCUCCCAGUGCGUCUCCAUCCUCCAAGAUUUAAUGCAUAAAUUAGUUACUAGAGAAUUGAGACUUGGUAAGAGUGACAUCACAACAGAUGGUGUACACGAUGCAGUGUCUUCGUUAUCAGUGGAGAUUAUCGCUGCUGUUAGAAAAUUCAUCUCUUCCAAGAACAAGGGAGCUACUACGGAGGAAGCAAAUGUUGAAGAUCAAGCAUGUUCUUGCAAAAGCUUACCCGGAAAUUUUCUUGCCUCGGUCGAGUGUUGUAGUCAUUCUUCUGAAGAGCAAAUGGAUUUAGAUAAAGCUAAUACAUAUCCAAGCCCUAAGACCUGGCUUGAACCAGUAUUCGUUUUCAGAGAUGGAAUAUUGGUUCCGGUGAGUACUACUGAAGACGAUAUCGUUUUGCACUGUAAAUAUGAUACUUUCUGCCUUGCUUCUCUCAUACAGUUGAUUGCAACUGAAAUGAAGCUUUUUUAG